AUGAGCCAAACGACACAAAGGGCCUUCGUGGUCGAACACCUUGACCCCGAGCUGGGUCCAUGGUCCGCUCUCGAAUACGGCUGCAUCGCUCGCGAAUCACAUGAGCGUGGCGCCCGAUUCCUGCUCAGUUCCGUGCCCGCAGAGCUGCAGAUGCCCGCCGACCUGGCAGCCACCAAGGGCCUCGAAGUGGAACAGCGCAGUGUCGAGGAUAUUUUCGCUGAUAAGAAGGAGCGUGUUUGUCUGCUGGACCCCGCUGCCCAGGUUGAAUUGAGUCCUGAGGAUGGUGAUAACUUUGAUGUCUUUCUCUUCGGCGGUAUUCUCGAUCGCACCUCCGAAUUGAGGAAGAAGGGCUAUGUCGGCCGCCGCCUGGGACCUAAGCAGAUGACGACCGACACCGCGGUGCGCGUUACUCGUCUAGUCGUGCAUGAAAAGGUCCCCCUGGAACAAAUCUCUUACGUCGACUACCCGGAAAUUCUGAUCAACGAGCACGAACGGACUGAAAUGCCGUUCCGCUAUGUGAAAGAUGCCGCUGGCCAGCCAAUCAUGCCUCCGGACUUAGGGGCUUGUGCUGAUACUCUUCAGGGGAUGGUGGAUCUGAUUAAGAAGGACGCCGACAAGUCUAUCGAUCUAUUCUAA